AUGUCAAAAUGGUCUAUACUCCCUCUUCCAAAUGGCAACAACACCCCUCAUCUCCUUUAUAAAUACGUCACAAGCAAGUCAGGUUGCGAAAUUUACUUGACAGAUCUGGCAUACAUAUGGUCACAGAGCCUAAGCCGCAGAGAAAUCUUAAAUAUCGCAUCCAAAUAUAAUACCAGCAUUGACCCGAGCGAAGAUGAGGAACAGUAUUUUGUUCUUCUGGAGAAAAUUGCAGAUGCGCUCCGAGGGUCCGGGGGCAGCUCGAUAUCAUUGACGAGAGGCCCUGGAAACGAAGAUCUCAAGCUCAUCACAUCAACAAAUCUACCCCCUCCAUUGGAUCCUUUAGAGUGGACGUUUAGCCUUUUGCAGCUGCCCCCUGUUACUUUAACUAAACACAUCCUGCUUCCAAUUUUAAAGGGGGAGGCGAAUCAUGAAGCUCGUGUUUUGUCCCUGAUAGACCAUAUAAAGCAGAAAGACUGGACUCUUAGCAAGUUAUUUGACAAAAUAGAGUCUUCUGGGAUGGACUUGAGCACAGUGUUCCCUGGCAUGGGAAGCGUACGGCUGUCUCGAAAAGAAUCCAUAUAUUCUCAAGCGUCGAAACACAUUAAAGGCGCUGCACCAUUUGACGAAGACUCAUGGAAGCUUGAGUACCAAGCUAAGGAUGCUGAUUAUAAUCUGGGAGUUCACAUUGCGAAGGAGCUUUCGGGCCCGUUAGUUGAGCUACCAGCCGAUGACUUCAUUCUCGAAAAUUGGUGGGAUAAAUUAGGCGAAGGAGCUAUUAACAAGCCAAAAAUAGCAACCAAGGGCAAAUCUCAGGAAGACCUCACACCGAGGAAAUCACCCUCCCUAGCGGAACUGAAGGACAAAGAGGAAGAGGCUACCCAAAGUGAUGAUACUGAUGAAUUUCAGACUAUGGAAACACCCCAAAGGCUGAAAAGCCCCAGCCGCAAACAGAGUAGGGAGUCUUCCAAAAGCAAUCUCCAAAGACUUUCUAGUCCCACUGGGAAUAGGGCUAACGAAUCGGAUCACGAUUUAACAGAAGGAAGUUCUUCACCUGAAUUUCCUAAAUCCAAAUCAAAAACCAAACGAAUGGGAACCACUGGGGUUCACACCAAACAUGAAAAGGAGUCAUCUGCACCAAGUUCAGUGGAAACCGCUACGUCUGAGGAUGGAGAUCCGCGUCCACACCAACAGCACGGGCCAAAGGCCAAGGGGCUCGGAACUAUUGGCGGUAAACAACCGACAAAGCGAAAGCAAUCACCCGUGGAAUCAUCAGAAUUCACAAAAUCUGAAGACUCUGAGUCUGUGGCAAAAGUGGUAUCAAAACCGAAAGCCAAGGGCUUGGUUGGAAUGAUCGGUGGGAAGAAAACUCCCAAGAAACCGAGGCAAGAAACACCAAUAGAAUCCACAGCAUCGGACGUUUCUGAUGUUACAAAAUCAAAGCGAAAGCCAAAACAAGCCGAAAGCCCCAUAGAUUCUGAAGGCGUUCCUACCGCAUCGGAACAUGAGACUGAAGAAUCAAUUUCACCACCAAGCAAACGAAAACGGUUAGGUCAUAAGGAACCCACGGGAUCACCCCCUACAUUAAAACAACAACUUAGGUCCGGUAAUGUGGGUGGAAUAGGUCAGAUCGGCGGCAAUCAGAAAAAGAAACAGCCCGAGAUGAUUGACGUAGCAAAAAGAAGUGACAAGAAUGACGACACCGAAGAGGAAACAUCACCAGAGCCCCGUCAGACCUCAUCAAAACCCAAACGACCAGGUGGCAAACUAGGUAUAAUUGGUGGUCGUAGCAGGCCGGCACCAACAUCCCCGCCAGCCAGUGACGACGUAAACCGAGCACCGGGUGGAGAACUGUCGGAAUCACCAGUACCCUCUACGAGUGGAAAGCCCACGAUGGCCACGUGGGCGUCGAAGCAGCCACCAGUGAUUCCGGAGGAGAAAGAAAAAGAAGCUGAACAGGAAAAAAUUGAAGAGACUCUUGAGGAACGGGCAAAUCGCAAAAGGCAGGAGUUGAGGAAGCAGUUGGAGGCUAGGAAUAAAGCUGGCGGCGCCGGUGGGCCGGCGAAGAAGAAGAGACGGUUUUAG